GACUGACGUCUCUCUCCAAAAGCUCCAUUAUACUUGGUUGUCCGUAUCUCCCUCGGGCCAGUCGGACUCAGUGGCCUUCCCCAAUUUUGUGCUAAGCUAAUAAGCUAUGGUGGUCUUCAACACACUCAUGCGAUCCACUUUCAAUGCUCGGCUUGGCUCAUAUGUGAAGCAUGUUGCUGGCAAGGGACCAUCCCAGAUAUACAUUCCAUCAGUGUCUAGAUUGUACAGUAAAGAAGCACAUUUGAUCAAGGAUGAUGUUUCAGAUGGUAGCAAAAGCUUCAAGGGGCAUGAUAUGCUGGCUCCUUUCACUGCUGGGUGGCAGACAACUGAUGCAAACCCUUUGGUCAUUGACAAGUCCGAGGGUUGCUACGUAUAUGAUGCUGAUGGGAAGAAGUAUAUCGAUUCUCUUGCCGGUCUCUGGUGUACUGCUUUAGGUGGAAACGAGCCGCGCCUUGUUGAAGCUGCAAUGAAGCAACUGAAUAGCUUGCCAUUUUAUCAUUCGUUUUGGAAUCGUACAACAAAGCCUUCUCUGGAUCUUGCGAAAGAUCUUCUGGAAAUGUUCACUGCGAAUAAGAUGGAAAAAGCAUUCUUCACGAAUGGUGGAUCAGACGCCAAUGAUACACAGGUGAAGCUAGUGUGGUAUUAUUACAAUGCUCUUGGGAAACCAGAAAAGAAGAAGUUUAUUGCUCGAAAUAAAUCGUAUCACGGCUCGACCUUGAUUUCAGCCAGUCUUUCUGGGCUUCCACCUAUGCAUAACAAUUUUGAUCUUCCAGCACCAUUUGUGCUGCACACCGACUGUCCACACUACUGGCGUUUUCAUCUUGAAGGUGAGUCAGAGGAGGAUUUCGCAACCAGAUUAGCCAAGAAUUUAGAGGAACUUAUCCUGAAAGAGGGACCUGAAACGAUUGCUGCAUUUAUCGCUGAACCAGUCAUGGGUGCCGGAGGCGUGAUACCCCCUCCUGCAACUUACUUUGACAAGAUUCAAGCAGUCGUGAAGAAAUACGACAUUCUAUUCAUUGCAGAUGAAGUAAUCUGUGCCUUUGGGAGGCUUGGAACAAUGUUCGGGUGUGACAAGUACAACAUCAAACCAGAUCUCGUAACUUUGGCUAAGGCUCUUUCAUCAGCAUACAUGCCAAUUGGAGCAGUUCUCGUGAGCCCUCAAAUAAAUGAAGUGAUUUACUCUCAAAGCAACAAACUUGGUACAUUUUCUCAUGGAUUUACUUACUCCGGCCAUCCUGUUGCAUGUGCUGUGGCGAUUGAAGCCCUCAAGAUAUACAAGGAAAGAGAUAUUCCUGGGCAUGUUAGCAGCAUGGCGCCAAGGUUCCAAGAUGGCCUAAAAGCCUUCUCUGACAGUCCUAUCAUAGGAGAGAUCCGCGGAACUGGCUUCAUUCUUGGCACUGAAUUCGCCGACAACAAGUCACCUAACACCCCGUUUCCUGCUGAAUGGGGCAAGUUCUUCUUUCAGCUCCUAUAUUUCUCACGUGUUGGAGCGUACUUUGGAGCAGAAUGUCAGAAGCUCGGGAUGCUGGUACGUAUAGCAGGUGACAUCAUUAUGAUGUCUCCACCUCUCAUCAUGGGCACUGAACACAUCGACGAGAUCAUUAGCAAGUACGAGAAGGCGCUUCGAGCUACCGAGGAGAGGGUGAAGGAGCUGAAAUCUAAGCACAACAAGUGAUGGAUGAUGUCGAAAAAAAUCGUUUUCAGUUCUUUGCCUAUUGAGGUUGUAAAGAGAAGACCUUUUCUUCAGCAUGGUGCAUUGUUAAUAGAUCACGUUGGCAAAACUGAAUAAAGCACAUCAGCAGUUAUUGCUAUAUUGGGAUUCAUCAUGUUCUGUUCGAAAUCCUUGAUCAAGUUUAAACAUUCAUCAUUGCUUCAUCAAUUAGAUUUCUGCAGAACUUUACAGCAGUUUCCAACAUAGUAGAAACAAACAACAGUCUUCUCUGACAUCCAGCCGGCGGCAGCAGGGGACGGCGGCGAUGAUCCUACUAGUUCUUGUUUCGUUUCUCGGCGUUCCUUCUGGCGCGGCGCUGCCUGGAGCUGAAAGAAGGCUUGUAGCCACCGUCGUCAUAGUCGUCCAAGUCUUUGAACGAUUUCUCUCGGAUCUCGGAGAAGCUCACUGCGUAGAAGGUCACGGCAGCGGCGGCGACGAUUCCAAGCACCGGAAGCGCCAUCUGCGAUAUUACUCCUCCGUCCAUUUCUAGCCUUUUGUUUCAGUCGACAGUGUGGCGCCUAUGACGAGGCAUGAUGACUCCCAUGGAUCCUAGUCCGAUAUGUCGAUGGUUGUUGUCCAUCUUGGAACCUUGGCGCAAUGCUUGUUACAUGACCAUGAAUAUUUCUUUCCCUG